AUGGCUCGUCUGAGCUUCAUCGUGAGCAGUCUUGCGCUGUUCAUCAGCAUCGUCAGCGCCGCAUCUGCCGUUCUCGACCUCCUUCCCUCCAACUUUGAAGAAGUCGCCAUCAAAUCCGGAAAACCCACAUUAGUCGAAUUCUUCGCCCCUUGGUGUGGACAUUGCAAGAACUUAGCCCCAGUAUACGAAGAACUCGCACAAACAUUCUCAUUCUCCGAUAAAGUUCAAAUCGCAAAAGUUGAUGCCGACGAGCAUCGUUCCCUCGGGAAGCAAUUCGGUGUUCAGGGUUUCCCAACGUUGAAAUUCUUUGAUGGCAAGAGUGAUACUCCCAUUGAGUAUAGUGGUGGUCGGGAUCUUGAGAGCUUGUCGGCUUUUAUUACGGAGAAGACUGGCAUUCGGCCCAAGGCUGCUUAUCAUCCGCCUAGCAAUGUGCAGAUGUUGACCGAGUCGUCUUUUAAGGAUGUUGUUGGUACUGAUAAGAAUGUUUUGGUUGCUUUUACUGCUCCAUGGUGUGGACACUGCAAGAGCCUCGCUCCUACAUGGGAAGAACUUGCCAAGGAUUUCGCUCGUGACGAGAACGUAGUCAUCGCCAAGGUUGACUGUGAAGCCGAGAACUCGAAAUCACUAGCCUCAGAAUUCAAGAUCCAAGGUUUCCCCACGAUCAAAUUCUUCCCUGCUGGUUCCUCAGAGCCCGUUGCAUACGAAGGUGGUCGAUCCGAGAACAACUUCGUGGACUACAUCAACGAAAAAGUCGGCACUCACCGUGUCGUCGGUGGCGGACUUGACGAGAAGGCCGGCACUAUCCCCACUCUUGACUCGAUCGUCGCCAAAUACGUACCUACCAAGAGCUUCGCUAAGCUCUCGGACGAAAUCAAGAAGUCCGCUAAGAAUGUGCAGGAGCAGUAUGCUCAGUACUAUAUCAAGGUUACCGAGAAGUUGAAGGAGAGCGAGGGAUACGUCAACAAGGAGUUCACAAGAUUGACCAAGAUCUUGUCUAAGGGUGGACUUGCGCCGGAGAAGAUUGAUGAUCUGAUUUCUCGUAGCAAUAUUCUUCGUCAAUUUUUGGGCGAGACGGAGAAUCCCAAGGAUGAAUUGUAA